AUGAACCUAACCGUACUCAGUACCUUCAAUAACAAGACUUACAAUAGCACCCAAAACGUCCAACGGUCCGAAAAUUUAAAGAUUGCUCUCAUUGUAGUCACUAUCUUCUGCCUGUGUUUCUUCAUCUACUUCAUCGUAGUCCUUCUGAUGGUUUACUUCACGACUCCUCAUGUCCGGGAGAAUGCACGAUACAUCCUCUUUGCUCAUAUGCUCAUCAAUGACACAAUACACCUAAGCCUUGCGCUCUUCCUGUGUGUUGGCAUUGCAUUCUACUUAUAUAUUCCUGUACCUGUCUGUUAUGUUCUGGUGACCUGUGCCACAGCUACAUUCCGAAUCACUCCGUACAACUUGGCCUUCAUGGCCCUGGAACGAUAUGUGGCUAUUUGUUUCCCUCUCAGACACAUCAUGUUGUGUACAGCCCAGAGGACAUAUUUUGCUAUUGCAGCAAUGUGGUUUGUUGGGUUGGUUCCUAAUAUGGCUGAUCUGAUAGUCCUCAUUUCCUCUGUUGAGAAGAAAUAUUUCUCCCAGAAUCUACUGUGCCAGCAGCAGUCAUUGAUUGUUCUACCAGCUCAGAGCACCAUACAAUCCUCCAACAUACUUGUAAGUUUAAUUCUGGUGUCUUUGGUCAUUCUCUUCACCUACAUCAAGGUUAUGUUAAUAGCUCGAAAAACUGGUUCUGGGAAGUCUUCAGCCUCCAAGGCUGGUAGAACCGUGAUCCUUCAUGCAGUCCAGCUCUUUCUAUGUCUGCUCUCUCUGACCUCUUCAUUUUCAGAAUUAUACCGCGGAGAUUAUUUUCUCUUUGUGAUUAUGUUCAAUUUUUUGCUGUUCAUGUGUUUGCCGAGACUUCUCAGCCCUCUGAUUUAUGGCAUCCGAGAUGAAGUGUUCAGUAAAAGCAUUAAGAAGAUGUAUUCCACCAGCUAG